CUGAGCUGAAGGCAGAGGCUUAACCCACUGAGCCACCCAGGUGCCCCCUCUUUGUGCUUUCUUCUUCGUUUAGCUGUGCAUUUAAAAUUAACCUAAAAUAUAAAGUCUAAAUAGAGGAAAAUAAAUUUUAAAAGUAUGUUAAUAGAAUUUAGGUUCAUAUUGACCUCCCUGGUUAUGGCCUUAAUUUCUAUUUAAAAGAAUAUUGAUCAACAUUAUGAGACUAUUACUUACAGAGAUUUUCCAUAAAUAAUUUUGAUAGAAAAUCAUAUAAAUAGGAUGUAUGGGAAGGCAUUCUUUCUACAAAAGAAUUUGUUACAAGAGUCUAGUUUUGUAAGCAAACCUUUCUACUUAGUAUUGUUAUGUGUUGUCAUACCUACAUAUUAGGUAGAAAAAAUAGCUAAACCAGAACUAAGCAGUUCUGUUUAACUGUAAACUACUUUGCAUAUAGUUCCUAAAUGAUCACCUAUAAAUCACGUUAAGUCUGACACAGCCCAAAAUACAGCAUCUUAGCGACAAAACAGGCUAAAGAGGAAACGAUGGACAAUCGAAGCUACUUGAAUCUGCCAGAAAAGCUGCCUGCCUUCUCCGAUUCUGCCCACUUGCCACUGACCAGGUCCUUCUAUCUGGACCCCUUGGUCACUUUCCACCUGUAUCCUGAUGCCCCAAUGCCAUCCCCUUACUCUGAAGACCUGCCAUUGCUGUCUUUUCCCAGUGAUUCCCUGAUCAUGGAAAAUUAUGGUGACCCCUGCCCCUUCUCCUUCCCAGUGCCUUAUCCAAAUUACAGAAGGUGUGAAUACUCCUAUGGGCCGGCCUUUAUCCGGAAAAGGAAUGAGCGGGAAAGGCAGCGGGUAAAGUGUGUCAAUGAAGGCUAUGCCCAGCUCCGACAUCAUCUGCCAGAAGAGUACUUGGAGAAACGACUCAGCAAAGUGGAAACCCUCAGAGCUGCCAUCAAGUAUAUUAAUUACCUGCAGUCUCUUCUGUACCCUGAUAAGGCGGAGACAAAGAAUAAUCCAGGGAAAGUUUCCUCCAUAAUGGCAGUCACCAGCCGCCACCCUGACCCCAUUUUUAGAAUCAUUUGAUUCAGUGUUCCUGAAUAGAAACAGAUAAUUUCACAAAAUGGAGUCUCUUACAGCAUCAUUAGCAGUUUUUCUUAAGUGUAAUUUCUUCAUAGGGAGAUAACAGCUCAAAUGUCCACCUGUGCUGGGUAUUUCCUGCCAGAGUUUCAGAUGUACUAAACAUGAUCUUAUGGGCAUUGAAGAGAUGCGUCUUAAGCUUUGGUGAUUUCUUUCAAGAGCUUUAGAGGGGCAGGAGUCCCCAGGAUUCUCUAUAUCCCUCACCUGGCCCUUCUCACACACUUGGCCAGAGUCUCAGCUGUGAGAAACCCUCACGAGAGUAUUGUAAGAUCUGACCAAUGAGUAAUCAAUGCUUGUAAUACCCUUUGCAAACACUUCGUGCUAAGUGAUCACAAUGAACCGCCCUUGAUUUGUCAAAGUC